UUGUUUGGCUCCUUUUUUUGUAUAAAUUAAAAACACUUACAAAUCAAAGCUUCGUUUGAAAGAUGAAAGUUUUAAAAAUUGAUCAUGAUGAGGAAUGGUAUUGAGCUACUGGUGAGACGAGUUUCAGCGAUACAUCAACACUCAAUUUCUUCUAGCUUCCAAGUUCUUCCUCAAUUUUGCACAUCUUCUUCUUCUUCUUCUGCAUCGCCAAGUUCCAAGCUUUUCAUCGGAGGAUUGUCCUGGUCUGUAGAUGAGCAAUCUCUCAAAGACGCUUUCUCUUCCUUUGGUGAGGUCGCAGAAGUUAGGAUUGCGUAUGACAAAGGAAGUGGGAGGUCAAGAGGAUUCGGUUUUGUUGAUUUUGCAGAGGAAGACGAUGCUCUAUCUGCUAAAGACGCCAUGGAUGGAAAGGGAUUAUUGGGUCGGCCAUUGAGGAUAAGUUUUGCACUUGAAAGAGUGCGUGGUGGCCCUGUGGUUGUUUCACGUAUUGGGAAAUCAAAGAGAGACAGAGAAAGAGUCUUUAAGUGAUGGAAGCAUCUUGUGGAGAUCUUUCAAAGACUCCUAACCGAAUGAUAAAAGUCAGCAUUGUUGUAUAAGCUUGUGCUUGAGUCUUUUCUUUAGUUGUGAAAUCAAAGUCUAUAAACUAUCAUAUAGUAUUAUUAUGAUUUAUAGUGUGAAAAACUUUGAUUGCA